GGGGGGAGAGAGUGGGGAGAGAGUGGGGAGAGAGAGGGGGGAGAGUGGGGGGACUGUGCGAGGGGAGAUUGAGGGAGGGGGGCUCAACUACACCGCACUUCAGCGCGCUCUGCUCGCCUCUCUUCGUCAACACAAUCAGCAGCAGCAGCAGCUCGUAUCUCUCGAUCAUCACAAUCAUCAUCUUCACAAUCAGCAUCUUCGCAAUCAGCAUCUUCACAAUCAGCAUCAUCACAAUCAACAUCAUCACAAUCAGCAGCAGCAGCUCGUAUCUCUCGAUCAUCACAAUCAUCAUCUUCACAAUCAGCAUCAUCACAAUCAGCAUCUUCACAAUCAGCAUCUUCACAAUCAGCAUCUUCACAAUCAGCAGCAUCAGCAUCAUCAGCGUCCGCGCGCUGCUCUCCGCCCCGCGUGCAGUUGCCUGCGAGUUUGCGUGGAGGCUGUGAAGUCGCGAGUUCACAGAGGAGCACCCUCCAUCACCACCAUCAUCAUCACCAACCUCAUCACCACCAUCAUCACCACCAUCAUCACUACCACAGCGGCCCCAGCAACGGGCGCUUUCGGGACAUUGCAUUGGGCGCGGUGCUAAGACCUGACAGCCGCUGCUGCUGAUCGAUAGGGAGCAGGAGGGGAGCAAGGUGGAAGCAGAGGACAAGCAAGGGAGGAGCUGAGGAGGAGCAGAGAGGAAGCACGCAGCUCGGAGCAAGCAGGGGAGCAGCAGGGCAAGUGCCAUGCUGGCCGGGAGGAGAGGGGGGGGUCCCUCUGCUGGGGUCUGGGCCCCGCGUCUCGUCGGGGUCUGCUUACUCCUCGCCAGCCUCACCUCAUCGCAGAGUCCCAACGGGGUCACGGCACCACUAACGGACUGCUCCGAGGGUUACCUGUGGAACGCCGACCGGCAGCAGUGCCUGGACGUGAACGAGUGCGAGAUCAUCCCGGACGCGUGCAAGGGGCAGCUGAAGUGCAUCAACCACUUCGGGGGCUACCUGUGCCUGCCCCGCUCCGCGCUCGUCAUCCGCACCCCCUUGGGCGAGACCCACGGCGGCGGUGGGGGCGGCGCCUUCCAGCCCGCCGGGGAGAGCCCCCCGGGGGGCCACGCGGCCCCCCCGCCAAGGAGGGCGGUGACGGAGGUGGGGGACGCGGCCGAGGACGUGUUGAGCCCCUGCGCGCCGGGACACGGCCUGCAGGAUGGCGUGUGCGUGGACGUGGAUGAGUGUGUGGGGGGGGGCGAGCCGGUGUGCCCCCCAUCCAAGACGUGCGCCAACACCGCGGGCAGCUACACGUGCCAGUGCCCCAGCGGCUACCAGGAGAGCUACGGAGGCGUCUGCGUCGACAUCAACGAGUGUCUGUACGGGCACUGCCAGCAGCGCUGCGUCAACUCGCCGGGCUCGUACCGCUGCCAAUGCUCAGCGGGGUUCGUGCUGGCGGACAACGACCACUCGUGCCAGGACGUGGACGAGUGUGCGGGCGAGCAGCCGCCGUGCGCCCAGCUGUGCGCCAACUCGCACGGCAGCUUCCAGUGCCGCUGCGAGGCGGGGUACUCGCUGGCUCGCGACCGCCGGGCCUGCACCGAUGUGGACGAGUGCCGCCACUCCACCUCGCUGUGCCACUACCGGUGCCACAACACGGACGGCAGCUUCCACUGCAGCUGCCCCGAGGGCUUCUCCAUGCACAGCAACAACCGCAGCUGCCUGGACGUGAACGAGUGUGAGGGGGGGUCUGGGGGGCCCGCUUGCCGCGACUCCCAGCGCUGCUACAACCUGCCCGGCGGGCACCGCUGCAUCGACGCGCUCGUGUGUCGCGAGCCCUACACGCAGUCCGCAGACGACCUGUGCGUGUGCCCCAGCGAGCUGCCCGCGUGCACGGACCUGCCCUACUCGGUGCGCUACAAGUUCAUGGACAUCGCGGGCGGGCGCCGCGUCCCCGCAGACAUCUUCUACCUGCAGUCGCGCGUCCACUACCAGGGCGCCUACAACUCCUUCCAGAUCCGCGCCGGCAACGAGGCCAAGGAAUUCGUGCUCAGGCAACUGAACGAGCACACGGCGAUGCUGGCGCUGAUCCGUGCGGUGCGAGGGCCUCGCGACAUCCCCCUGGAGCUGGAGGUGGUCACGGUGCACCCGCUGCUGGGCCUGCACACAUCCUCGCUGCUACGCCUGCACAUCUUCGUGACGAGCCAGCCGUUCGGCAACCGCUGAGUCCCAGCGUCGUCAUCGUGACCCCCCCACCCACUAACCCCCCCCCCCACUAACCCCCCCACUAACCCCCCCCCCUCACUAACCCCCACACACAGCGCAGAGCCGCCAGGCGCGGACGUUCCGGAUGGCCCCCGCCCCACCGCAUGGAGUCGUCGCCACGCUCGAAUCGUAGCGACGCAGGGGGUGCACGCAGUGACGUCGGCAGCCCGCCCGCUCUCCUAACCUCACCGAACCCCUCUCAGCCCCCCCUCCCAUCUCCACCCGGGCCCCCACCCUCCCUCCUCCCCCCAGCGUCUCCGCGGGCCGAAGUCGCUUCUCCGCGUGCUGCAUCCGUGGGGGUUGCGCGGCGGCGGUGGCGGCAGCAGCAGGAGCGGCGCUGCACCGGCAGCACCCAGCCCCCUGCGGGCCGCCGCCUCCUCCUCCUCGCUCCGGCAGCCGCUCGCGUCGUUCUGCGUGCGCGGUGUGCCGCUCUCGUUCUGCGUGCGCGGUUUGCCGCUCUCGUUCUGCGUACGCGGCGUGCCGCUCUCGUUCUGCGUGCGCGGUUUGCCGCUCUCUUUCUGCGUGCGCGGCAGCCGCUCGCGUCGUUCUGCGUGCGCGGUGUGCCGCUCUCGUUCUGCGUGCGCGGUUUGCCGCCCGUCCAGACACUGAGCAGCCUCAACGCCUACUUAGCUUCCCAGAUCUGCCUGGAUCCGGACCGAGUGCAUUCUGCGUGACCUGGCCGCAUAGCCUGUGUAUAUAUAUAUAAACUCAUUCGACGGAGACUUUCUAUACUUUAUAUUUUAAGCUUGUCCCGCCCCUCCCCCGCUUUGCCCAAAAUGUUUUAUAUUUGUAUCGUUCUGACAUCGGAUGUGUGGGUUCGGCCACGGCAAUGAUCCCGGCCAAAUCUGCGUUGUUGAGAACCCCUCCACCACCCGGCAGCAAACGGAAUCGUCGAGCGAGCGAACGAGCGAGCGAACGAGCAACAGGCCAAGUUUGACAAGAAACCUCUCUCUCGUCUGAGCCGCCCGAAUCUCAUUCCAUGCAAUCGCAGCAAUCGGUCUCGUUGCUAAACCCGGCCACGAGAAGUGGUUGCUCUCCGGCGAGUUUAAUAACAAUCGGCGCAUUGUGAAACGGGUGUCACGGUGGCUAGGAGAUGUUAACUACCUCGCCUGGUGUACAGGAGGUCGUGGGUUCGAUCUCCACCCUGACGCUCGCUGCUGUAUAUGUGGAGUUUGCGUCUCUCUCCCCGUGGUCGCGUGGAUGUUUCUCCAGCUCCCUCCGGGUUUUCCCUCCACGUCUAGAAUCGACAUCACGUGUCAAGAGAAGCCACUUCGUCCAGCUCGCGGUUGUGAUGGGCAGGUCGCUUCUGAAAACAAAAAUAGCGAUGGAGCUCAGUGGGGCCUUACCUCCUAAAAAAAUACCAAAAUAUUUUCGUAAAAUAAGUUUUAGCACGACAACAACAACGACAACAACAACAACAACGGCGACGACGACGGCGGCGACGGGCGAGCGGUGACGCAGCUGGCGCGCGCGUCACAACUUCGGUGCGUUUGGGUCCCGUCGGGUGGCGGAGGGUUCUUACACGGCGACGAUUUUGGCCGUCGUCGUCAGCUCGCUGAACCGCGAUGUUUAAACUCUCGCCCUCCUCGCGUCGUCAAAACCCCGUCUCUGCGUUCGCGGCGGUGACGCUGCCCUUUUGCCUCUUGAUUAUUACGGAUUUGUUGAUGCAUUCGUUGUUUUUUUAUAUUCCUUCUAAGGUUAUAUCCCUGUGUUUGACCGAUGGCGCGCGCGUGUGUGCGUGCGUGCACGCGUGUGUGUGUGUGCGUGUGUGUGUGCGUGCCCGCGCGUGUGUGUGUGCGUGCACGCGUGUGUGUGCGUGCACGUGUGUGUGCGCGUGUGUGUGCGUGUGUGUGUGCGCGUGUGCGUGUGUGCGUGUGUGUGCGUGUGUGUGCGCGUGCACGCGUGUGUGUAUGUGUGUGUGUGCGUGUGCGCGCGUGCGUGUGUGUGCGUGUGCGUGUGUGUGCGUGUGUGUGCGUGCACGUGUGUGUGCGCGUGUGCGUGUGUGCGUGCGUGUGUGCGUGUGUGUGUGUGUGCGCGUGUGCGCGUGUGCGUGCGUGUGCGUGUGUGUGUGCGUGUGUGUGCGCGUGCACGCGUGUGUGUAUGUGUGUGUGUGCGUGUGCGCGAGCGUGCGUGUGUGUGCGUGUGCUCGCGGGAGCGAGCGGUGGCGCAACGGUCAGCGCGCUCCGUGCUCGGUCGCCCGGCGGUCCCGAGUUCGAUCGCCGCUCGCGAUCGCCAGCGAUCGGCGAACAUCGGAACCGGACCUGGGGCCUCGCCUAGAUCGACUCGGCUUAAACUGGAUAACCCAGGCGCCGUGUGUAAACAUGAGCACAGCGUGGUCUCUGGGCGCAGCACCGCGACUUGUUGUUCGUGCACGAGGGCUCCCUUCAUGAGCGUGCGCUCACAGCACUUGUUGUGAUUAUUUUUUUUUUAAACCCAUAGAAUAUAUACAUGAGUAGUGUUAACCCUCGCUCUAAUUAACAUCCUGUCGUCAUGAAACGUGCCAUCACACACACCGUGACAACCACACACCCCGUGACAACCACACACACCGUGACAACCACACACACACCGUGACAACCACACACACCGUGAUAACCACACACACACCGUGACAACCACACACACACCGUGACAACCACACACACACCGUGACAACCACACACACACCGUGACAACCACACACACACCGUGACAACCACACACACCGUGACAACCACACACCUCCAGACAACCACACACACACCGUGACAACCACACACACACCGUGACAACCACACACACACCGUGACAACCACACACACCGUGACAACCACACACACACCGUGACAACCACACACACACCGUGACAACCACACACACACCGUGACAACCACACACACCGUGAUAACCACACACACACACCGUGAUAACCACACACACACCGUGACAACCACACACACACCGUGACAACCACACACACCGUGACAACCACACACACACCGUGACAACCACACACACACCGUGACAACCACACACACACCGUGACAACCACACACACACCGUGACAACCACACACACACCGUGAUAACCACACACACACCGUGACAACCACACACACACCGUGACAACCACACACACACCGUGACAACCACACACACACCGUGACAACCACACACACACCGUGACAACCACACACACACCGUGACAACCACACACACACCGUGACAACCACACACACACCGUGACAACCACACACACACCGUGACAACCACACACACACCGUGACAACCACACACACACCGUGACAACCACACACACACCGUGACAACCACACACACACCGUGACAACCACACACACACCGUGACAACCACACACACACCGUGACAACCACACACACACCGUGACAACCACACACACACCGUGACAACCACACACACCGUGACAACCACACACACACCGUGACAACCACACACACACCGUGACAACCACACACACCGUGACAACCACACACACACCGUGACAACCACACACACACACCGUGACAACCACACACACACCGUGACAACCACACACACACACCGUGACAACCACACACACCGUGACAACCACACACCGUGACAACCACACACACCGUGACAACCACACACACCGUGACAACCACACACACACCGUGACAACCACACACACCGUGAUAACCACACACACACCGUGACAACCACACACACACCGUGACAACCACACACACAUCGUGACAACCACACACACACCGUGACAACCACACACACACCGUGACAACCACACACACCGUGACAACCACACACACACCGUGACAACCACACACACACCGUGACAACCACACACACACCGUGACAACCACACACACACCGUGAUAACCACACACACACACCGUGAUAACCACACACACACACCGUGACAACCACACACACCGUGACAACCACACACACAUCGUGACAACCACACACACACCGUGACAACCACACACACACCGUGAUAACCACACACACACCGUGACAACCACACACACACCGUGACAACCACACACACAUCGUGACAACCACACACACACCGUGACAACCACACACACCGUGACAACCACACACACACCGUGACAACCACACACACACGGUGACAACCACACACACACCGUGAUAACCACACACACACCGUGACAACCACACACACACCGUGACAACCACACACACAUCGUGACAACCACACACACACCGUGACAACCACACACACCGUGACAACCACACACAUCGUGACAACCACACACACACCGUGACAACCACACACACACCGUGACAACCACACACACACCGUGACAACCACACACACACCGUGACAACCACACACACCGUGACAACCACACACACACCGUGACAACCACACACACCGUGACAACCACACACACCGUGACAACCACACACACACCGUGACAACCACACACACCGUGACAACCACACAUAGAGAUACAGAGAGAUACCUAUGAACCCAGGGAGACACAUCGAGAUACACAGUUUAUUUUGUUAACCGGCUGUGAGAACUCAGGAGGUCGUGGGUUCGAUCACGAGCCUGACGAUGCCUGCUGCUGGAGUUUGAGUCUGCGUGUCUCUCCCCGUGGUCGCGUGGAUUUUUCUCCGGCUCCUCUGGGUUUCCCUCCAUACAGAGCACCGUUGGUCUUACCUGGUACAACAAAAACAAGUUUAAGUUUUAAAUAGUUUAGUUUACAAGUUACAAGUCAGGCCACGUGAUGUGAAGCCGUGCAAGUCGUGCCUUGCCCACAGGGCUGGAUGUCGUCGGCCUUGCUCACUGCUCACGGUAAAUUCACCUUCUCGUUACCGUCUCUAGUGGGCAUACCACAUUAUUUUAAGGUUAUAGUAAGUGUAUAUUUUUUAAACGUGAUGUACCUUGAUAAUGUUCAUAAUUAAUAUAUACCCAAGUCAAACACAAUAUCACGGUACAAGUUUUAUAGAAGUGCCUGUAAUUCUCUGCUGAGCUGGUAAUUAUUAAGUUCAAUAAACAUUAAUUUC